AAUUUUCAGUAGUUUUAUUUUCUAUGUGACCAACUUCAUUAGGGUUAGAAUUUGACUUGUUAACAGGAGAUCUUAGGUUAUACCCAUGAAUAAAAUUUAAGCUCAGUCUUAUAAGACUUUAUGCACCGACCAAGAAUUCCAUUGCUCUCAAAUUUAAUAACGCCUAUAUAGUUUGAUUCCUAUUUAUCCAUUCUAAGUUCAAAUGAAGGAGAAAGUUUUUCUUCACACACAAAGCACUAAAUUUAACACAAAUUUAAGGUCAUUAUUAUUCUCUUUUCUAGUGGAAGAUCUGAUAGCCUUCAAGCCAUUUGGGACACUCAUCCCACCCCUAUUAGCCCUAGCCCCACCCCAUCUGGCCCAAGCUUAGCUAGCUUGCAUAGUUUCAACUUCCAACUCAAAAGUUGAGAAUGAACAGUCAACUCCACCCCUGUGAAGAAGGGCUGGUUGUGUUGAGCACUUGAGCUCAUCAGCACUUGGAUCCUCUCGAGUGGAGAUAUACAGUACACCUAAGGUACACGGUUGACAUACAUUUCAUCGAGAUCCAUGUCGUCCAUUUGAACUUUAGCUACUAAAGCAGCAAAACAGCCAUCCGUUGGUCCAGGUUGGAACUUGUAUGUCACAUCUGAUGCUCCCAAAGUUUACAAUUCAGCAUCCAAUCUGGCGGAAGAGAAGCUCUCUUUCCUGCUCAAACGCCAAUCUAUUGACGUGAGAACCGUUCAUGGGCUCUCUCUGAAGAUGGGUUUUCUCCAAUCCAUCUUCCUCUGCAACAAUAUCAUCCACGCUUACUCUGAACGCAUCUCAAUUGAUGAUGCCCAGAAACUGUUCGGUGAAAUGACUGAACCAAAUGUAAUCUCAUGGACUAACUUGAUUUCUGGUUAUGCUCAGAUGGGGAAACUGACACAGGCAGUGGCCCUCUUUAGAAGGAUGCAAGAACACAACAAUGGAGAAGGAAAAGAAGGUAGAUGCAUUCCUAACUGCUUCACUUUUGGAAGCAUUCUUAAAGGGUGUACUCGUACAAAAGACCUGCAAACUGGGAUGCAAAUUCACUGUGCCACUGGUAAAUUUGGGUUUGAUUCUGACACAUUUAUAGCUAGCACACUUGUUGACAUGUACGCUAAGUGUGGGCAAAUUGAUAGCUCAUGGAGGGUCUUUGCUCAGGCCCAAGACAAAGAUGUGGUAACUUGGACUUCCAUGAUCACUGGUUUUGCCAACCAUAUGCAUCCAGAGUUCAAGAAUGCUGCAUUCAUCCUCUUCAAAGACAUGAUUAGAAAUGGGCUAUGGCCUCUAGGUAUUACCUUUUCCAGUCUAGUAAAGGUCUUCAAUGAACCAACAAGACUUAACCAGGCAAAGCAAGUACAUGGCUGUUUAGUGAAGUUUGGGAUUGAAGUUGAUUCUCAGCUGGGAAGUUCUCUAGUUGACAUGUAUGGUAAGUGUGAGGGAAUUGACGAGGCAAUCAAGAUAUUUUUAAGGCUUGAUAAAAAAGAUGUCGUAUCGUGGACUUCAUUGUUAGUUGCUUACUUGAAUAACAGGUUAUAUGUGGAAGCUAUCAAUGUUAUCCAUACGAUGGUGGUGGAGAAGGGCAUGGAGGUUCGAGAUGCUAUCUCAUGGAUGGCAUUGCUAUCUUCUUUCACACAGACUGGUUUUGGAGAAGAAGCCCUCUUCUUGUUUCAGAAAAUGCUUCUCACAGGUCUUAGCUUGCCUGUAUUCAUUAUCACCUGUGCAAUGAGGGCAUGCUCUACAAUUGCAAGUCUCUCUGUAGCCAAUCAGCUCCAUUCAAGGAUCAUCAAGAUGGGAUUCAGCAAUGAUCUCUCAGUCAGAAAUUCUCUUAUUACAAUGUAUGCAAAGUGUGGGGAAAUAGAUAUUGCUUUGAGGCUCUUUAAUUCCAUGAGUAAGAGAGACACAAUCUCGUGGAAUGCUAUAAUUGCAGCACUUUCACAGCAUGGCUUCGGGAAAGAAGCUCUUGAACUGUUUCACAUAAUGAAAAUGGAAGGCUUCCAGCCUGACGACUUCACUUUACUUGGAGUUCUAGUUUCUUGCAGCAACAUCGGUCUGGUCAACGAGGGAUAUGAAAACUUCAAAUCCAUGACCACGGAUUACAAUUUGAAGCCUAAAAUGGAGCACUAUGCCUCAAUUGUUAGUCUGCUUGGUCGAGCUGGUAGGCUUGAUGAUGCCUUGGUGUUCAUUAACUCUAUACCGUCUGAUCCUGACAUCAUGAUUUGGGAAGCUUUGCUUGCGUCCUGCAGGGUCCAAGGAAACAUAAAGUUAGUAAAAUUUGCAGCGGAGAAGAUCUUGCAGAUGAAGCCAGAGGAUCCUUCUGCAUAUAUUCUUCUGUCAAGCAUUCAUGCUUCAAUGGGCAUGUGGGACCAAAAGGCCGAUGUUUUGAUGAUGAUGAGAGAUCAAAAAUUAAGAAGGCAACCUUCUCAAAGCUGGAUUGAGGUUAAAGGAAUGACCCAUGUGUUCUAUAUGGAAGAUAAGUCUCACCCACUGACCCCCUUUAUAUACUCAAAAUUGGAUGAGCUCAAUACCAAACUGAAGGAAGCAGGAUAUGUUCCAAAUGUAAACUUGGUUUUUCAUUAUAUUAAACCAGAACAGAAAGAGUAUUCUCUCCUACAACAUAGUGAAAAGUUGGCACUGGCAUUUGGACUGAUAACUACUGUCAAAGGUUCUCCUAUCCGGAUCAUGCAAAAUCUACGGUGUUGUGGGGACUGUCAUGUUUUCUUUAAAUUGAUUUCAAAGAUUGAGGAUUGUCAAAUAGUGUUGAGAGACUCGAAUCGAUUUCAUCAUUUCUUUCAUGGAUCUUGUACAUGUAAAGAUUAUUGGUAGCCCAAUGUGUUCUAGCAUAUGUAUACCUUCAACUCCAGUAAAACAAAUAAGGGGUUUGUUUAACCCUGAUACUCCA